AUGGAAUUCUCCAAGCUUUUCAUCGCUCUAAUUUUCAUUCUGCAAACCCUAGUUUUUGUCUCAUCUGCUCCUGGAAACUCCAACCUGUUUCGAGAGUACAUAGGAGCAGAAUUCAAGAAUGUCAAGUUUUCUGAUCUUCCCAUAGACAAAAAUGUAGAAUUCCAUUUCAUUCUCUCUUUUGCCGUCGAUUACACAACUUCAUCUUCGGCUUCUCCCACCAAUGGAAAAUUCAACAUCUUCUGGGACACUGAUAAUCUCACCCCUUCCCAAGUUGCAGCCAUUAAGUCCAAGAAUUCCAAUGUAAAAGUUGCAUUGAGUUUAGGAGGAGACAGUGUGGGAGGUGGAUCUGCAUAUUUCAAUCCUUCAUCUGUAAAUUCAUGGCUUUCCAAUGCUGUAUCUUCUCUUACAAACAUAAUCCAGGAAUAUAAUCUAGAUGGCAUUGACAUCGACUACGAGCACUUUCAAACAGAUCCCGACACCUUUACUCAAUGCAUCGGACAGCUCAUAUCCACCCUCAAGAAAAACGGUGUCAUAUCUUUCGCAUCCAUUGCUCCAUUCGACGAUGAUCAAGUUCAAAGCCAUUACAUGGCUCUCUGGAAAAGCUAUGGACAUUUGAUAGAUUAUGUGAAUUUCCAGUUCUAUGCAUAUGAUGAGGGGACUACUGUAUCACAAUUCAUGAAUUAUUUUGAAACACAGAGAUCAAAUUAUAAAGGAGGGAAAAUUUUGCCAAGUUUCAUAAGUGAUGGGAGUGGUGGAUUAUCUCCAGAAAAUGGAUUUUUUACUGCAUGCAAGGCCAUUAUGAUUGACUGA